AUGGUCAAUCUGGAUAUUGUACGCAAGGCCAAUGCCGAGCUAGUCAAACGCCAGCCUCUCGUGGCCAUCUUCAUCGGCGGGACAGCCGGCAUUGGCGAGUUUGGCGCGCAGGGAUUGGCAAGAACGCACGGCAACGAGGGCAAAGGCCUUCGCUUGUACAUCGUGGGACGGAACAGAGCGGCUGCAGAAGAGAUUAUUUCCUCGUGCCUCCAGCUCUGGCCCCACGGCCAGUUCAUCUUUAUCGCCGCGGAGAACCUGGCACUCCUCAAGGAUGUUGAUCAGGUCUGUGCCGCCAUCACAGCCCGAGAGCGAGAUGAAGCGACGAGGACGGGCCAGGAACCGAGAAUCGACUUCCUGGUCAUGACGCAAGGGCUGUUGAAUUUGAAGCGAAAAGAUACCCAAGAGGGCCUCGACGAGACAAUGUCCCUGGCCUACUAUUCAAGGAUGCGCUGUAUCGUUCAGCUACUGCCCUUGCUCCUGCAAUCAUCCCUACCGGCGCGUGUCGUUUCGGUUUGGAAUCCGACUUUCGAGAGAGACUUUGCCACCGAAGACAUUAGCUGCCGCAGGCCUGAAAAUGCUACCCUUCGACGUGUGUCGUCCCAGGUGGCCAACAUGACGGCCUUUUUCCUCGAGGAGCUUGCCAAAAGACAUCCCGGAAAGCUCGCCCUCGUGCACCUCUACCCAGGUUUCGUCAACACCAACUUUGGCCAGAAUGCAUUUCCGGCGUGGUUCAACUUCUUGUAUCGAUAUCUAGCGAUGCCCCUGAUACGUUGGACGGUAGCAAUCACGCCCGAGGAGACCGGUGAUCGCAUCACGUUUCUGGCUACUGAUCGAUACCCUGCACGCGGGACCACGCCGGAGCAACAGUCCAAGACUGGCAAUGGCAUUGACGUUGCCAUGGCCGCUGAUAAUACCGUCGGCGGAGGCUUUUAUAGAGUCAACAAAGAUUCGGAGAUCCUGCCUCCAUCUUCCUUCAAUAAGGAACUCCGAGAGCGAGGUAUUGGUGGGGUUGUAUGGCGACACACAAUGGCAGCGUUUGAGACGAUUGCGAGUGGGCAGGUAUUCGAGGAUUAA